UGGGUGGGGAGGGGCAGUUCCUCUUUCCUUCCCAAGCACCGAGGAGGCCCCAGCUCCCAAGGGGCUAAGAAGCUGGAGCAUUGGGAAGGGGGAGGAACAGAGCCAGACUCCUGCAAGACCCCCUCCCCCGCACCAGGAAGCAUGAACAGGAAAGACAGCAAGAGGAAGUCCCACCAGGAAUGCCCAGGAAAGACAGCAGGGCGGGGCCGGCCCCGACAGGCCCGGCGCCACAAGACGUGCCCCAGCCCCCGGGAAAUCAGCAAGGUCAUGGCUUCCAUGGCUCUGGGCAUGCUGAACGAGGGCGGCUGCAGCGAAGAUGAGCUGCUGGAGAAAUGCAUCCAGUCCUUCGACUCAGCUGGCAGCCUGCGCCGUGGGGACCACAUUCUCAACAUGGUACUGGCCAUGCACAGCUGGGUGCUGCCUUCUGCCCACCUCGCUGCCCGUCUGCUGACCUUGUACCAGGAGGCCACAGGGGACACACAGGAGCUGAGGCGGCUGCAGAUCUGUCACCUGGUCAGAGACCCCAAGUCCACACCUAGAGAGUCCUCAGCCCAAGACACCUGUUUUAGAGAGCUUCUGCACGCCCAGCCUCAGCCCACCAUCUCUAAAACCACACUCAGAUACUGGCUGACCCAACACCCUGAGACGGUACACCAAGAGCCUCAGUUAGAAGAGGUUAUAGGUCGCUUCUGGGCCACUGUGGAGGAGAAGGGCAACUCUGCCCAGAGGAGCCUGGGAGACUCCUCCAACCUCCUGAGCCCAGGUGGCCCGGGCCCCCCGCUCCCCCUGAGCAGCCCAGGCCUAGGCAAAAAGCGCAAAGUGUCCUUGCUUUUCGACCACCUGGAGACGGGGGAGCUGGCUCAGCAUCUCACCUAUCUGGAGUUCCGGUCCUUCCAGGCGAUCACGCCCCAGGACCUGCGGGGCUACGUUUUGCAGGGCUCCGUGCGGGGCUGCCCGGCCCUGGAGGGAUCCGUAGGGCUCAGCAACAGCGUGUCCCGCUGGGUGCAGGUCAUGGUGCUGAGCCGUCCCGGGCCCGCACAGCGCGCGCAAGUGCUGGACAAGUUCAUCCAGGUGGCACAGAGUCUCUACCAGCUACAGAAUUUCAACACACUGAUGGCGGUCACCGGGGGCCUGUGUCACAGUGCAAUCUCCAGACUCAAGGACUCCCAUGCCCACCUGAGCCCUGACAGCACCAAGGCCCUGCUAGAGCUGUCUGAGCUUCUUGCUGCCCACAACAACUACGCCCGUUACCGCCGCACCUGGGCCGACUGCACGGGCUUCCGGCUGCCUGUCCUCGGUGUGCAUCUCAAAGAUCUGGUGUCCCUGCACGAGGCACAGCCUGAUAGGUUGCCUGAUGGCCGCCUGCACCUACCCAAACUCAACAACCUCUACCUGCGGCUGCAGGAGCUAGCCGCCCUCCAGAGGCAGCACCCCCCCUGCAGUGCUAGCGAGGACCUGCUGCAUCUGCUCACGCUUUCCCUGGAUCUCUUCUACACGGAGGAUGAGAUCUAUGAACUUUCUUACGCUCGAGAACCCCGCUGUCCCAAGAGUCUGCCACCCUCCCCCUUCAAGGCACCCCUGGUGGUGGAGUGGGCCCCUGGCGUGACACCCAAACCUGACAGGGUCACCCUGGGUCGGCAUGUGGAGCAGCUGGUGGAGUCUGUGUUCAAGAAUUAUGACCCUGAAGGCCGAGGAACUAUCUCUCAGGAGGACUUUGAGCGACUCUCAGGCAACUUCCCCUUUGCCUGCCAUGGGCUUCACCCACCCCCCCGCCAGGGGAAUGGCUCCUACAGCCGAGAAGAGCUGACGGGGUACCUGCUCCGGGCCAGCGCCAUCUGCUCCAAGCUGGGCCUGGCCUUCCUGCAUAGCUUCCAUGAGGUCACCUUCCGCAAGCCCACCUUCUGUGACAGCUGCAGUGGCUUUCUCUGGGGCGUCACCAAGCAAGGCUACCGCUGUCGGGACUGUGGGCUGUGUUGCCAUAAACACUGCAGGGACCGCGUGAAGGUUGAGUGUAAGAAGAGGCCAGGGGUCAAGGGUGAUGUGAGCCCCCCAGGAGCCCCUGUCCCACCUACCCCAGUUGCCCAUGCUAGCUGUGGUCCAGAGGACAAUCUCUCCUACACAUUAUCCCUGGAACCUGAAACAGGGUGCCACCUUUGCCAUGCUUGGACCCAGACCGAACCCCCAAACCCUUCCUGGGAACCAGAGACGGUGAGGAGGAACUGCCCCCUGCCCCCACCAUCAACUGGAUACGGGGAGACCAGGCCAUUUGCUUGGGGGAACCCAAGCCAAUGCGGGGAAGCAUAGGAAAGUAAAAAGGGGCAAGAGCUCUCAGUUGCUUUGGGCAGUUAGAAAAAUAAAACUUUCGAUACGCUGGGGUGGGAGGACAGGGUAGCCACAAGUGGAACAGAAAAAGGAUUUUAAGGAGGAAAAAGGAAAAAGAGAAUAGCAAGGAUAAGGCCACAUACCUCAGGAGCUAUCAUUAGUGUCAGUGGAGUAAAUUUUACUAUUCAAAGGUAGAGCCCUUCCGAUUGAACACCCACCAGAGUUUUCAUUCAUCUACUACACAAAGUCUGGGUGAGGCUCUGCCCCUGUCAGCAGCCAGGCUCCUAGACACCACACUCUCCCCAGGUGACCCGGUGUCUUCCUCCUUCCAGGUCCCCCUCCCAAAGACGGGCUCGCCGCCUGCCCAAUCCUCCAAACUGAAUUCCUAGGACUGCACCCGCCUUGGGUCUGUUCUCUCUCACCUCCUCAGAGUCAGUCUCAAGUCGUGAUUCCACCGCCAGCAGGACCCCUGAAGGCACGGCCUUGUCCCAUCCACACCACCUUCGGUGAAGAGUUCAUCAUCUCUUACCCGGAAAGUUAUUUGUUUUCUUUUGCAUCAGAGUGGCUACGACCUGUACUCCAUCUUCCUGCACUUUGUAUCUAUGCGAUUUCACACUGGAUUAUGUCUAGACUUAAGUAUCAGCUCUCCAACUCCUUACAUCUCCAUUUUAUAGACGAGGAAGCCGAGGGCCAGGGAGGUUUAGCUGCUCUCCAAGGUGGAAGAGCGCCUAAGUGUUGGAGGCAGGACUCAAAUCCAGGUCUUCUGUCUGCCUCUAAAACAGACGCUCCUUACCAAUACGCUACACUGACAUCAGCAUGGGUCAGGAUGGGGAGGGGAUAGGCUGGGCAGUUAUAUUCCUAACUCUAGGGUUCCAGAGGCAGGAGAGAAGGCUAGAGUAGAGGUGGAAGAGGGAGCCUGUGAACACCUGAGUCCCUCCCCUGCUCGGAGUAAUCCAUGCCUCCUUCUCGAUCAGGGGAAAAGCCAGAGUCCUCACUAUGGCCUACCUCCCACAAUCUGUUUCCGUCCCCUCUCUGACCUCACCUACCACCCCUUACUCAUCCUGCUUAAGCUACACUGGCCUCUAUGGUCCCUGAACAUGCCAAAAAUAUUCCUACCUCAGGGCCUUUGCACCGGCAGUUCCCUCUGCCUGGAAUGCUCUUCCACAGGCCCACAUGGCUCCAUCUUUGGGACUUAGGUCUAAUGUCGCUUUCUGAGUGAGGCCCCUCUGACCAUAUUCAAAGUUGCAAUCCAGCCCCAGUCCUGCUCCUGGCUUCCUUCUUUGUUUUUCCCCAUAGCCCUCUACCCAUCUAACAAACUGUACUUUUUACCUAUUUAUCUUGUUGAAUGUCUGCUCCUCUUCACACUGGAAAUUGUCAACUCCAGAAGAACAGGAGUUUUUAUAAUCUAUGUUUUUCACUGCCGUAUCCCUAGCGCCCAGAACAGGGAUGGCACUUGGUGCGUACCUGAGAACUGUUUGUCCGAUGCCUGCACGUCUCCUUCCCCAUGUCCCCAGGAAGGGAAAGAUGUGUUGCUAAAGAGCAGAGGACUGUAAGGGUCAGAGCAACAGGGGCCUGUUGAGACCCAGGGGACAAAGCUGUCCCUGCCUGUCCUCAAACCUGAGCACCCCUGACCUGGCCCCCACAGAGAUAGGUCCUACAGCUGUCAUAAAUUAAAUUUAUUUUCCAGAGAA